AUGGCGCAACACCCAAUUGCUACUUUGAACGAAGAACUCAUCCCUCGUUUGCCUCCCUCCUCCCCGACCCUCUUCGAAGCAAAGAAGAAGAAGAACCUAUCUUUCGAAGCCAUCGCAAAGCACGUCGGGCGCGAUGAAGUAGCAAUCGCCGCUCUCUUUUACGGUCAAGCCAUGGCAUCCGCCGAGGACAUCAAGAAGCUGUCUGAAAUUCUAGAGAUUGACGCUGGGCUGAUCGAAUCGCUUGGAGGCUUCCCUAACCGAGGCAGCACGCUCGACAUGCCACCAAAGGACCCGACCAUCUACCGCCUAUACGAGAUUGUACAGAACUACGGACAGGCUUACAAGGCGGUCAUGCACGAGAAGUUUGGUGACGGCAUCAUGAGUGCCAUUUCCUUCAGCACCAAAGUAGAGAAGGAGACGGAUGACAAAGGCGAAUGGGCCAAGAUUACGCUGAGGGGCAAAUGGCUCCCAUACUCGCGAUUCUAG